AUGUCUGAGGCUCGGACAUAUGCACCUAGCGCCGGUGCCGCCGGUGGCAGCCAAGGCACUCAAGGCCGUAGCCAAUAUCGCCGGUCAAGCUUCCGUCGGUGCGACCGCCCGCGUAGAUCUUGGUCUGUUCGUGAAGAGGUUGUGCUACUCUCCUGUCUGAAGGAUAUGGUUGCUAGAGGAUGGAAGUCGGACAAUGGCUUUCGAGGUGGAUACGCAUGCAAGAUAGAGGAUUGGAUGAAGACUGAGUUCCCAACUACUGAUUUGAAGGCAGAUCCACAUGUUCAAUCUAAGCUAACUAGCUGGAAAAAGAACUACUACUCGCUUUCAAAAAUCCUCGACCGAAGUGGUGCUGGUUUCAACCUACACAAUGAUUUCAAAAUUGAUUGCUCGGAUGACCAAUGGGACCAAAUCGUGAAGCAAGAUAGCAAUGCCCGCACCAUGCGACACAAAGCUUGGCCUUACUGGGAUGAUUGGAAAAUAAUCUUUGGGAAAGACCGGGCCACUGGUGGGACUUCUGAAGGUAUUGGUGAAGCAGUGACUAACGAUUCCACGGAUGAUCCUGUUGCAUCUAUUGUAUACUAUCCAAGCUUUGAAGAUUUUCUGGGGUUUGAUCAAGUCCAACCCACCUACACAAACGAUGUUCCUGAUGACAACAGCGCCCAGAGUGGUGGACAGAAUGUGGCUGCAAAUACUCCUGCUCCCGCUCCCAAAAAGAUACAGAGCAAACGCAAGACCUCUGACGAUGAUCUGGGCUGCUCAACCUGCUUGAUGGACCUCGUGCAAGAUAGGAAAGAGAUCUUCCGUCAUUUGGGGAACAUCCCAGAGCUCACAGAGAAUCAGCGUUACGAUCUCUGCGACAUCAUUGGCAAGGAGAACUCGAGGCUGGAGAUCUUCACAGGCCUACCCGACGCAUCGAAGCCCGGAUAUGUGAGGCACCUCAUGGAGAAGGAACCUCUUAACUAG